UCCCUGUUUUUACUCAAAUUCAUGCCAACCAGAAGCUGUCAGGAAGUAGAUACUGAAUACAAUAGACCCAGAUAAUCAUUAUGUGUUCAGGAGCUGAAGGAAGGAACUUUGAUCGGCUUCAAGCUUUCAAUAUGACAAGUCUUAUAAUUGAUGGUAAAUCUCUAGCUGUUCUUACUCAAAUUAAUACCAACCAGAACAUAUCAGGAGGUGCAUGUAAACAGGAUACAAUAGACCCAGACAUCAUGUGUUCAGGAGCUGAAGGAAGAACAUUGACAAGUCUUAUAAUUGGUGGUAAAUCCCUAGCUGUUUUUACUCAAAUUCAUAUCAGGAGGUGCAUGUAAACAUGAUACAAUAGACCCAGACAAUCAUUUAGUGUUCAGAAGCUGAAGGAAGGACAUUCAUAAGACAAAAUGAUGUUCACCAUAGUUUUACUGAAAAUCUUUAUUUUCUCUGUCUGUUUGGCUUCUGGUCUGUCAAAAAGCAAAAAGAGAUUUUCGAGAUGCAACGUAGGCCAAAAUCUCAACCACACGGACAGAACUGGACAACUGAAAUUGUUGAUUUGCACAGAAAAGAUCAAAGGCGUCCCACAAUGGAAAUUUGUUGACGGCUCUUCAACGUUCGGUGAAAUAUUCAACCCAGCUCAGGACUGUUCUAGCAUCGUUGAAAAAUUAUCUCAGGCAAAAGAUGGAUUUUAUUGGAUUUUUCUACCUAACGGAACAAUCCACAAGGUGUGGUGUGAUGUUCAUACCGAUGGUGGGGGGUUUGCGUUAGUUGGAAUGAAAGAUAAUCCUGUAUCCUGGACUGUACCAUCAAACUCUCUUCCCGUCGACCCACAAGGACCUCCACAUUGGUCCAGUGAUCUCGGUGAUGUAAAAGUCCUGGACUUUCGAGUUCAGUUUUCAGCUGACAACAGUUUUGAAAACACGAAGGCAGACUGGUUUUAUCGCCUUAAACCCCGAAGAAUGUUUGGGAAUCUUUUUUCUAAUGUGAACAACGGAUGUCCCUAUCUGCAAGGUGGAAUUGGAAACAUCAAGUUUGUCAAAGAUCUGCUGAACCAAUCCGUUCUUACUAACAACUUUACGUGUUCAAAGUUUGGGCCGCACACGCAUAAUAAAUUGGGAUGGGGCAAGAUGAAUUACUGUCUUCGACAUAAGUGCAAAGAUGGUUACGCGAUAUUGAAUACAUUUAUUAAAUUUAAAUACGACAAUUUUGGUGGCUACAGCUACAGUGCCGUUUCUUCAUUUUCCGGAUUGGAUCAUCAAUCCACCGCUUUUGUUGGUUGUGAUCGUGGCAAGUGCUGUGCGUGUUUUGGUCCCAAAGGUGGAAGACAAAACUACUGUGGUCCUGCUUGUACAGCAGUGAAUGGUGGCACAGUGAUGAAGAAAGCUUUCGUUUGGUUUUGGGUGCGAACUAGAGUGCCUGAACGUUUGUGGAAGAGAUGUAUGGAGUAUGUAGUGAAAAAUGCCACAGGACACCCUGAGAAACAUUUUAUUGAUCCAGUAACAGGGACUCCACAAAAGGGUUCCUGCUCAGGAAGUGUUAAAUCAUCUCUAAACGAAGGUACAUUAACGGUGUCUGACAAGGAAAGCUUGAAGAAGAUUCCAGAUGUUCCAGGUCUGGUUUCGUAUCGAAAAGAUGAUAAACAACUUUACUUCAAUCAAGGGUCAAACUGGCAAGCAUUGAGCACUGAAAAAGAGUUUCAAGGACUGAAAAAACAAAUGGAAAGAAUGAAAAAUAUGAUUGAUAAGCUGAAAAAGCAAGAUAAAGGUAAACAAUCGAAUGAUCAAUAA